CGCGCUGGGCGGGAGAACCGAGCGGGAGGUUGUCCGCCGGUUGGACGAUUCUUAACGUAUUUUUUUUAUUUUUUAAAAAACCAAAACCCGGUUCAGGGGCGAACCUCCUCCCACCGUCUUGGCGGAACUCUCCGGAACGGCUUUUUCCUCAGGGAUCGCGCCGUGCUAAAUAAUACUUGACGUGUUUAUAUUUUUAAUUUCAGCUUGCCCUCUGCCAAUGAACAUUCUUGAUCAUCCAUGAAACGCACCAAGAAGUUUGGAGAGCCAAAAGUGGAGGAAUGUGACACUUGGUUGGACACACGAGAGCUGAAGAGGAGGAAAGUGGAGUCCCAUUUCAUUUCAAAGCUGCUGUAUCCACUGUCCAGAAGGAAUUACACUGUUGAAGUUCCUCUAAAUUUCACUCAGACGAGGGCUCCUCAGCAGUGCGUCAAACAGACAACAGUCUCUUCCUUUUUCUUACCAAAGGCUAAAGGUAAACUUGCACACUCCCUACAAACAUCAGUCCUGGGUGCUGUGGGUGCUUCCCCCCCAAAUUCUGCCAUUGAAAAGGGAGCAUACACAGAUCAGCCAGAGCUGAUCACUGGCAAUGACAUCUACAGAGACAACUUUGGCAGCUCCACUCCUGUGGACCAGCAGGAGAGGUUGCCAUCAAUCUUAAGCGCUGUCCACUACAGCUCGGAGAGAUUGCCUCUUUGUGGAACUACACAUGGCAACAGUACCCUCAUUCUAAAUGAGCAAAGCCGCCAGAUAUUGGAGGAAAGACAGCAUUCCUGUCUUAAAGAUGGUGCCAACAUAAAUAUUGUUAAGUAUGAGCUCCCAUCUGCACAUGAUGCAGGAGUAACAUAUGCAUCUGUUGACACUUCGAGUGAACCUCAUACUCAGCUGGAUUUCACUCAAGACUCGCAAGGAAAUCGAGUUAUCUCACACAGGAAGGUGACCAAAUCACCAGUUGUGAAUUACGUAUCGUGCAAGGGAAUGCCUGUUGCUGAUGGGAAAUUCACUGACUUACCUCCUGCUGAGUCAGAAAUCCUUUGCACGCAGAGUUUUGAAGCAGGGUUACUUGGCAUGCUUACUUCCACACAACAAACAGUGAACAGACAAAAGAAGUUAUCAAAAAGGAAAGAGGUGGCACAUUUGCCCAAGAAAUUAAACUCUGAUUAUUUCAAAGAUAUAUUUCCAGAGAACAAGGAAAAUGCCUUUGGGUCCAUGUUGAACUUGAAUCCAAAAUCUUUAAAAAGACCACCACUGUCACCAGGAACCACCUCACUUCUGCGCUGUCAGAAUGUACCCCAAGGUACUGAGACUUUCCAACAGCCUAAAACUGCAUGCAGAGAUGAGAAUGCGCUGUCAUUCCUGUUCAGCCAAGACUCUCAGGGAAACAGAGUCAUCUCCCACCGGUGCACAGACAGCAGGUGUGGACCAAUCUUUUCCAGCAACCGGAACUCUCCGUUGGGCCCUUGCAGCAUUGACAUCAGUGGGAACACAAGCUGUAAUGUUCCUCAUCAUUCAGGCCUCUGGUGUGAAUCACCCUGCAUGGCACAGUCAAAAUACGACGACACAUUCUGUCCACAAGCAGAUUUGCUGUUUACACAAGAUUCUGAAGGCAAUGCAGUGAUCAAACAUUGAUAAGGGUGGAUGUAUUGACUGUUAUUUUGUUUCUCUGGUUGCCUCCUUUCUCCCUCAUGUCCUGUAGGCAAACUGAAGACAUUAUAAACAAAUAAAGAUUUUUCUAGUGAAAUCAAAACUA